AUGUUCAUCCCCAAUAUUCCUACCAAGGAUUCGUCUGAUUCGUUUGAAUUUUGGUGGAAGAUGACCACCAGCGCAUUCCUGGUUCUUGCGGGGGGCGUCUUCGCUGGAUUGUCAAUUGGUCUCAUGGGGCUCGACGGACUUCAUCUCCGUGUGUUAGCCACCUCGUCAGAAGAAGAGACCGAACGGACAAAUGCACAGACUGUGUUGAACCUCAUGCAAAGAGGUCGCCAUUGGAUGCUGGUGAUCAUCAACGAGAGCUUGCCAAUCUUUCUUGACAGCGCGAUUGGAGGAGGUUUGAUUGCUAUAGUAAUUUCAGCGACUGCCAUUGUUAUAUUUGGAGAGAUCAUACCUCAAGCAAUUUGCGCAAGACACGGUCUCGCCAUCGGUGCACGAUGUGCACCAUUUGUUCUCCAUCUGAUGUACCUCUUUGCACCCGUCGCAUAUCCAAUUGCAAAAAUUCUCGAUCGUGCCUUGGGAGUUCACGAUGCGCACACCUACAAGAAAGCUGAACUUAAAUCUUUUCUCCAAUUCCACCGCACUGGCCAAGAGCCUUUGCGCGAUGACGAGAUUGGAAUUCUCAAUGGCGUCCUGGAGCUAAGCAGUAAGAACGUGGAGACUGAUCAUGACUCCCAUUCAUGUCACACUUACGGCGGGUGUUCAUUGCAGGAUGUUGUCAUGUUGAGCUCGGAUACAAUUCUGGACCACCCCACUAUCGACGCUAUCCUUGCCAGCGGCUACUCUCGGUUUCCCGUGCACAAGCCAGGAAAUCCGCUCGCAUUUGAGGGCCUACUUUUGAUCAAGAAGUUACUGAUGUACGACCCUGCACGAGGACUCCCAGUCUCGCACUUUCCCUUGUCCAUCUUACCUGAGGCUCUGCCAUCAAUCAACUGUUUCCAAGCGCUCGACUAUUUUCGGACACCUGGUUCACCUGGCGGCGGAAUUGGUGUGAUUACUCUAGAAGAUGUUAUCGAGGAAAUGAUUUCGGAGGAGAUCGUCGAUGAAACUGAUCAGUACGAGGACAAUCAGAGUAAGCGGCAUGCUAAGCGCAUGAUCGAUGCUACUGUUAUGAGAGACAUUGUUGAACUGGAGAGAAGUGCAUUCACACGGACAUCCACUAUCGAACCUACGCAGGUAACUUCUGUGAACAUUGAGACCGUGCCCCUCCUUCCUGGGUCAAGCCAGGACGACUGUCCUCAGGCUUAUCGUUAUGUUUAUAAUUCAAUCGGCGAAUCAGAACACUAG